UUCACUCUCGAAUGCGGCCGCUUUUGUAUUUUCGCUUCAGUCGACGCGCAGCACUCAGCACGAACAAACGUUUGCCGCGUAUCUGUCAGAUACGGAUACGAGUAUAUAUAUUCGUUCUAUUUUGUAAAGCUACAAAAUGCAUAGAGCACACACAGCCUUCAGUCUGGCCUUGUCGCCGAUGGCGCGAAAGAACUUCGCCACAUGGCUGCUCAAGAGCAGCAGCAGUCAGCAGAUGGCCAAGGCAACUGCAGCGGCCGCUGUCCGGACCUACAACUCCGCGGCUGCCGAACCUUUUGCCAACGGCAGCACCGCCUCCUACGUGGAGGAGAUGUACAACGCCUGGCUGAGGGAUCCCACUUCCGUGCACACUUCCUGGGAUGCGUACUUCCGCAGCAACAGCUACGUCAGCCCGCCGAACUUGGCGCCGGUUCAGGCAAAUACUCUGCCGCUGACCGCCUUCAACUUUGGAGGAGCCGUCUCCGGCGCUGCGCCCGACUCCAAGACCAUCGACGACCAUCUGGCCGUGCAGGCCAUCAUCAGGAGCUACCAGUCACGUGGUCAUUUGGCAUCUGAUCUGGAUCCGAUGGGAAUUUUGACUCGCGAAAAAACCGUCUGCAAGGAUGGGCUAGCACGUCGUGCUAACGAAGAUGUGCUCAGGCAGCAUUCUGGGUUUUUGUUUGGCGAGCAGGACAUGGAGCGGCAGUUCAAGUUGCCCAGCACCACCUUCAUUGGAGGCGAUGAGGCCUCUCUGCCCCUCAAGGAAAUCCUGAACCGCCUGGAGAAUGUCUACUGCAACAAGAUUGGCGUGGAGUUCAUGUUCAUCAACUCCCUGGAGCAGUGCAACUGGAUCCGCAAGCGUUUCGAGACACCCGGGGUCCUGAACUUCUCGCCCGAGGAGAAGCGUCUGAUCUUGGCCCGUUUGACCCGUGCCACCGGCUUCGAGGCCUUCCUGGCCAAGAAGUACUCCUCCGAGAAGCGUUUUGGCCUGGAGGGUUGCGAGAUCAUGAUCCCGGCCCUCAAGGAGAUCAUCGAUGUGUCCACCGAGCUGGGCGUGGAGUCGGUCAUCAUGGGCAUGCCCCAUCGUGGACGCCUCAACACGCUGGCCAAUGUGUGCCGCAAGCCCUUGAACCAGAUCUUCACCCAGUUUGCUGGUCUGGAGGCUGCUGACGAUGGUUCUGGUGAUGUCAAGUACCAUUUGGGUACCUACAUCGAGCGUCUGAACCGCGUGACAAACAAGAACAUCCGCCUGGCUGUGGUGGCCAACCCGUCUCAUCUGGAGGCCGUCGAUCCCGUGGUGCAGGGCAAGACCCGUGCCGAGCAGUUCUACCGCGGCGACCAGGAGGGCAAGAAGGUCAUGUCCAUUCUGAUCCACGGAGAUGCCGCCUUCUGCGGCCAGGGCGUUGUCUACGAGACGAUGCAUCUGUCGGACCUGCCCGACUACACCACCCACGGCACCAUCCAUGUGGUGGCCAACAACCAGAUCGGCUUCACCACCGAUCCCCGCUUCUCGAGGUCCUCCCCCUACUGCACGGACGUGGCUCGCGUGGUCAACGCCCCCAUUUUCCACGUCAACGCCGACGAUCCGGAGGCAGUGAUGCAUGUGUGCAAGGUGGCUGCCGAGUGGCGUGCCACGUUCCACAAGGAUUGUGUCAUUGAUUUGGUCGGUUAUCGUCGCAACGGACACAACGAGAUCGAUGAGCCGAUGUUCACGCAGCCCUUGAUGUACCAGAAGAUCCGCAAGCACAAGAACUGCCUUGAUCUGUACGCCGACAAGCUGAUCGCCGAGGGCACCGUCACCGGCGAGGAGGUCAAGUCGGUGGCCGCCAAGUACGAGAACAUCUGCGAGGAGGCCUUCGCGCUGGCCAAGACCGAGACGCACGUCAAGUACAAGGACUGGCUGGACUCGCCCUGGUCCGGCUUCUUCGAGGGCAAGGACCCCCUGAAGGUGGCGCCCACUGGAGUCAAGGAGGAGACCCUCAUCCACAUCGGCAACCGCUUCUCGUCGCCGCCCCCGAAUGCCGCUGAAUUCGUGAUCCACAAGGGUCUGAUGCGCGUGUUGGCCGCCCGCAAGGCGAUGGUGGACGAAAAGGUGGCCGACUGGGCUCUGGGCGAGGCCAUGGCCUUCGGCUCGCUGCUGAAGGAGGGCAUUCACGUGCGCCUCUCUGGCCAGGAUGUGGAGCGCGGUACCUUCUCGCACCGGCACCACGUGCUGCACCACCAGCUGGUGGACAAGGCCACCUACAACUCGCUGCAGCACAUGUACCCGGAUCAGGCGCCCUACUCCGUCUCGAACAGCUCGCUGUCGGAGUACGCGGUGCUGGGCUUCGAGCACGGCUACUCGAUGACCAAUCCCAAUGCCCUGGUGCUGUGGGAGGCCCAGUUCGGUGACUUCAGCAACACGGCCCAGUCGAUCAUCGAUCAGUUCAUCUCCAGCGGCCAGUCCAAGUGGGUACGCCAGUCGGGCCUGGUGAUGCUGCUGCCCCACGGCAUGGAGGGCAUGGGCCCCGAGCACUCCUCGUGCCGCGUGGAGCGCUUCCUGCAGAUGAGCAGCGACGAUCCCGACUACUUUCCCCCGGAGUCCGAUGAGUUCGGCGUGCGGCAGCUGCACGACAUCAACUGGAUCGUGGCCAACUGCUCGACGCCCGCCAACUACUACCACAUCCUGCGCCGCCAGAUCGCCCUGCCCUUCCGCAAGCCCCUGAUCCUGUGCACGCCCAAGUCGCUGCUGCGCCACCCGGAGGCCAAGAGUCCCUUCAGCGAGAUGAGCGAGGGCAGCGAGUUCCAGCGUAUCAUCCCCGACAACGGACCCGCCGGCGACAAUGCCAGCAACGUGAAGAAGGUCGUCUUCUGCUCGGGCCGCGUCUACUACGAUCUGACCAAGACGCGCGCGGAAAAGAAGCUGGAGAGCGACAUCGCCAUUGUGCGCGUGGAGCAGAUCUCUCCCUUCCCCUUCGAUCUGGUCAAGGAGCAGGCCAAUCUGUACAAGAACGCCGAACUGGUGUGGGCCCAGGAGGAGCACAAGAACCAGGGCAGCUGGACCUACGUGCAGCCGCGUUUCCUCACCGCCCUGAACCACAGCCGCGAUAUCAGCCAAAGCGAUGGGCAAACCUCCUCCACCAAUACUACCACUACUACUGAUCAUACUAAUCAAGUAUCCGCCACCGGUUCCGAUCCUAACUCCGAUCCAAAGUCGCAACCCUGGCUGAGUCGCAUGUUCGCCGCCUCGAACUCGAACGGCGGCGAUCCUAAGGAUCCGGCGGUGACCCUAGGCGGUGACUUUAAUGCCGCCAAGCACUUUGAUUUAAAGAACGUACGACACGAUUUCAAUAGGCCCGCGGGCAUCGCUGCCGCUCCGGGCGCACGUAUAGCGAAAUCCGGACGGAAAAUUAGCUACGUCGGUCGCGCCUGCGGAGCUUCCACCGCCACCGGAUCCAAGGCCCAGCACAUCCGUGAGCUGAAUGCGCUGCUCAACGACGCGAUUUCGACCUAAGGAGGUGUAGACUCGAUGGUGAUGAGGAGGAUUGGAGACGAUGAAUAUUAAUUACGAUUAUAUUUUGUAUUGAAACGUAUGCAGACUCUUUGAUACGAUUUUUUGCUGACGAAAUUGUUAAGAGCAUUGUGUGAAAGUAAUGAAAUGUUAAAUAUUAGUUUAGUGAAAUUACAAGAGCAAACGGCAACCAAGUAACAAAUAACACGAAAUGUUUAGUGUUUAGUAAACAAUCAAACCAAGAAACAA